AUGGCUCCUUCUGGCAAUCCCUUGAUUUGGAGUUCGAAGCUUGUUUAUGAAGGCGAAUUCUCGUCUGCUAUACGAGGUCAUCAUGUCUACAAACCGACAUGGUCUCCAACUUAAGACUCAAAUUCCAAGCUAUCAGUGACAUUUAACGCUUUACCCUUCCAUUUAUUCUGACAAAUAAUAGCAACACCACCACCGAUCGGCGAGCCAGCUCUAUCUUUCCUCACCAUAAUAUACGGGGGCACCCAACGAGAAUAUAGUUCAAAACCACUUAAACAUAGCAUUGUUAAACGUAUUUUAGUAUUUAAACGGUAGAUAUAGGCAUAUUUUUAUCUCCUAAAAAUUUUUCAUCUGUUCGGAUUUCACUAGUUGAAAGUCUAGUGAACCGAAAAUUAUAGGGAUUAAAACUUACCUCUUCGAAAAUUUCAGCCAAAAAAAAGGUUCGCUAAAAUGCUAGGGGACCUUUUUAGGGUAAAAAUCAGUUAAAAAUGGGCAAUUAUACCAUUUUUUUGAUGUUCGAAAAUCCUAGGGGAGGCAGGAAAGCAAGAAAUUUUAAAACAAAUGCUCCGAAAAUUCUAGAUCUCAAAUCGUCUUCCGAACAGAUAUUUUCCGAAAAUUGAUGUUGGGUGCCCCUGAAUACAGCCCUCUGGCCAAUUCGAAUGUGAUAAGAUUAUCAUACUCAACCAUGACUCUAUAUGUUUAAAAUAAUCGCCUCCCUCCAAUAAUCGCCCACCCCCACCCCUCUCGCCAUCUUCUCUUGCUUUUAUCCCUUCCCUGUCAAGUUGCAGUGAAGCCUGAUCCAGCAAAACUGAUUAGUGACAAUUCAAGCUCGGGUGCCGAGGAUGUUGGCAUUGAAACUUUAUCAAAUGACCAAAAUAAUUUUCGGUUUGAUGGAAUAAUUAAAACAAAAUAUUUAGGACACGACCUCCAGUGAGCAAUAUUUGAAAUAAUCGCCCCCUCAAAUAAUCGACUCUUUUUUGGGGGAAAAAAAUAGUCAUCAGUAGUAAUACUGGUUACUUCAUCACACAGCCAAUCAGAAUCGAGUAUUUCAAACACGUGACUGAAUUAAUUUACUUUCGACCAAUCAGCGUUCAGGAUUUCAUGGGGUAAGUACUACAUGUAAAACCAUCACGAAAAGUCUCCCAACAUUCCCCCGUCAUGUAAGACACACGAAAAGUCACGUUUCAACCAAUUUUAUUCUAACGUCAUACCUAGCGUUACAAUCGGGACGUGUGUGACCUCCUAUUGACGUCACGCCCAUUUCGUUUUAAAAAGUUUAAAAAGUCAUCAAAAAAAUGGUCGGGAAAGCGAUGGUUCAGUGGCCAUCGCCGGUACUGGCAAGAAGUUCUCGCUUUCGGUCAAUGAGUCCAGCCAGCGAGGUGGGACUCGAGGCUUACAGGUUCGAAUCCUGUCGGGAACGUAACUCUUUUGGUUCUUAAAUCAACUCCAUUCUUGUUCCUAAUGAGUGGAAAGUCUAUUUAUAAAAAUAGGAAUGAAAGGUGCGAUCGCCUGGCAACACAUGUCUUCUUGUUUAGCGCUAAAAAUCGGAUAUAUAAACAAAACACACACACACACAUACACAGAGUGGAGCUGAAAACUCUCUAUUUCAAUUUUGACUCACCAUUACGCGUGUUUUAAUUGAUCCUUGUUAAGUUAUCAAUUGUUUGUAAUUUUACAAUAAUAAGUCAAGGUGCUCCCUUGGGUCUAGCUGUAGAUAUGAACUAAUUUAUAUUCCAGUUUGGACUUGUUACGCCGCAUAAUUAACUGACUAACGGCGACCAUAAGCUCCUCAAGUGCUGAGAUUUCAAUAGUUAGUCGUUUCCUCGAGAUAGAACGGAGAAAACGCUUUCGUAAUGGUGAGUCAAAAUUGAAAUAGAGAGUUUUCAGCUCCACUCUGUGUAUGUGUGUGUGUGUGUGUGUUUUGUUUAUAUAUCCGAUUUUUAGCGCUAAACAAGAACACAUAUGUUGCCAGGCAUCCUCGGAGACCCAGGGGCAGAUAGUGGGGGCGAGGGAAAGUCUAAACGGGCGGAAAAAUAUGGCACGAAGAAAAGUAAAGAACGGCGAGAAGAGCCCCUGGGGACAAUGUCUUACCAGACAAGUUCCAGACGGUCGCCGCCGUUCUGGCUUCUGAUUGGUGCCAGAAAAACACAAGUUUUCUGCCACCAAUCAGAAGCCAGAACAGCAGCGACCGUUUGGAACUGGUCUGGUAAGACAUUGUCCCCAGGGGCUCUUCUCACCGUCCUUUACUUUUCUUCGUGCCAUAUUUUUCCGCCCGUUUAGACUUUCUCUGGCCCCCACUAUCUGCCCCUGGGUCUCCGAAGAUGGUUGCCAGGCGAUCGCACCUUUCAUUCCUAUUUUUAUAAAUAGACUUUCCACUCAUUAGGAACAAGAAUGGAGUUGUUUUAAGAACCAAAAGAGUUACGUUCCCGACAGGAUUCGAACCUGUAAGCCUCGAGUCCCACCUGACUGGCUGAACUCAUUGGCCGAAAGCGAGAACUUCUUGCCAGUACCGAUGGCCACUGAACCAUCGCUUUCCCGGCCAUUUUUUUGAUGACUUUUUAAACUUUUUAAAACGAAAUGGGCGUGACGUCAAUAGGAGGUCACACACGUCCCGAUUGUAACGCUAGGUAUGACGUUAGAAUAAAAUUGGUUGAAACGUGACUUUUCGUGUGUCUUACAUGACGGGGGAAUGUUGGGAGACUUUUCGUGAUGGUUUUACAUGUAGUACUUACCCCCAUGAAAUCCUGAACGCUGAUUGGCCGAAAGUGAGUUAAUUCAGUCACGUGUUUGAAAUACUCGAUUCUGAUUGGCUGUGUGAUGAAGUAACCAGUAUUACUACUGUCAUCGCUCCCGGCUAUUAUGCUAGGAAAUACGGUAUCAAUGUUAUUGUUAGUAAGCUCAGCAUAAAGAGCCCGAACUGCAUCAGGUUUUGCCAGGGACCGGGCAUUCAAAACCAUACACUUUGGUACUAUGUUUGGUGCUGUAGACCCUUUGUUGAUUUUAACAAUCGAGAGCGUUCGCGGCCGUUCACUCGGGUUGCGUGAAUUAGGGUCAACCUUGUCACGAUAGGAUGGAACAAUAGUCGGUGAUUGAAUAGCGGCGCUUUUUGGUAUUGAGGCGCUUGGAAUGCCGGGGUGGAGGGUACUUCCUAGUAGUAGGCUAAUGGGUAUGUGCUGCUGGAUUGGGUCGCAUUUUCACGACUGGAUUGACUAUUAUGGGGUUACAUUUUUAUAAGAGUGACUGGAACGGGGUCGCACAUUUUCAGGAUUUUUGGGGUCAGAAAAUCCAGGUAUGUAGGGAUUUAAAAAUAGUAAGAUUUACACCACACCAAGUUUAACAAAAAUCUGGCAGAUCAUUUCAGGAUGUUCUUUUUUCCAAAAGUGACUAAGAUAGGGUCUAUAAUAUCGCCACAGUAUAGACUAUAAUGAGGUCGGGGUUUUGAGAGGCCAGCAGUACAUACCUAACAAAAAUUAACCCAAUUAACCCCCCCCCCCCUCGGGUUGGAACGAGGGUGCUUAUGCAAUACGGGUUCUUAUUAGAGAGUGGGCGCUUAUUGGAACGAAGUUAGUUCGUUGAUGUUCAGAAUAAUUGUUUCUUUUAGAGGUACAGGUAUUUCGCGUGAGUGCAAACAACACUUAUAAUUCUGGUGAUGCAAAACACAACACUAAUUUUUACGCACCAUUCAUGGUGUUUUGAACAUGCAUGGAGACUUGAAGUAAGCGCAGUAAAAAAACACGCUUAAAAUAGCAGGUGGAUUGUUUAACAGUAUCAAAAAUAACCAAAAUCUAAUUAUAUGUCACAUUCGAAAUUCAGUAACAUUAUGUUUACCAUAUAUUUGGUUUAAUAACUUAAAAGAGUGUACUGAAAGAUCACAAGAAGGACAAUUAACACUGGUGUAGAACUAAUUCUCUGAUGAAAAAUAAUCCCCCUCCCCCCUUGACCGCGGACUACGCAACCUCUUAGACAUUACUUACCUUUAAUAACCAUUCGGUUUCUCUUUUUUUCACUAGCUCCUUUAGAAAUAGAAGCACGUGGUGAAAAAGCACAGCUCGCUUAUCAAAGUGCUCUUAAAGAUGGAGCCAUUAAUGUUUACCGUGGUCGAGUAUUACUUAUUGGGCAGGAUCGGGCAGGAAAAACAAGUUUGAAGAAGUCUCUCAUUGGUCUGCCGUUUAAUCGAAAAGAGAAAAGUACUGACGGAAUUGAAGUGGAUCCUUCAAAAUUUCAGAUAGACCUUGAUGAAGUCAGGAAUUGGCAACCUAUUGAUGAGAGAAAACAAGGAUUGCUGGGAUGUUCGAGAGAUGUGGCACAGAUGGUGGUGGAAAAGAUGUAUAAUAUUACAGUUAACCGCGACUGGGUUCAGGGAGAGGAAAGAGGUGAAGCAAUACUUCAAAGUGGUGAUAACAAGAAUAGGAAACAGGUUGAUACUGAUGGAGAAAAGGAGGAAGUUUCUCUUUUGAACCAGGUUUGUCUUUGUUGGUUUUGAAAUGUGAUGUUUUUUCUUGAAUCCAUCGUUACUGCAAGAACGGGCUAUUUCCAUGAUUGUACGCAUCUACACGUAAGCUGAGCCUUUGGGUUAGCAGUGCGUGUGCAAACCAAAGUGAGUAUAGCCGUAUCUUGAUUUAUUUUUGAGUGUUAAUUAGGCCUCGAGUAUAGCUAUCGCUUAGUUUUUUUUUCUCUUUUGUUAAUCACAAUUUCGCUUGUUUCCUUUUCUUUAUGCGAGGAGCCAAGGGGCUGGGGGCAUUGAAUCAAACACCAUUUUCCUAUAUAUUCUUAAAUUUACUGUUCCUUAAAAAAUUUAAGAACAUAUUAAUGUUUUGUCUACCUUAAGCCUCCAAUAAUUGUGCCUCAAUGUUUGAGCUUAUUAAGAAUUUUCUGUCAUCAAAACAACUUUAAUUGGCUGAAUAAUCGAAAAAAAUCGUACCAGCUAUGUUAAGUCUUUCAGAAUCAGAAUCGACAGUUAUUAUUUUUUCCUACUGUGCUACAGGUUUGCGAUCCAAACGAAGACAGUGUUAGUGAACCCACGUUAACAGGACCUGAUCAUGAGUUAGUGGUUGAUACUACUUUACUUCCAGAGGAGAUCAAGGAGCGAGCUGUACAGUUGAUAAAGGAAAUACAAGGUGAAGUUAUAAAGGCUGAAGAAUCUGUUGUCAGUAUUGAACUGUGGGAUUUUGCUGGACAACACCUGUAUUAUGCAUCUCAUCCUGUAUUUUUAACAUCACGUGCGCUGUAUAUCCUGGUGUGCAACCUCAGCAAGUCACUGCAUGACACAGCCAAGCCUUGUGUGAGGCAAGGGUCUCGGAAUGUUCAUUUGGAAAACCCAAAUGGAGAAACAAAUCUUGAGAACUUGUUGUCGUGGCUGUCCACAGUGCAUAGCGUUGCACAGAUGAGAAGAGAAACCUGUGAUGAUGUAGAAAAAGAGGUGCCUCAUUUGCGCCCCCCAGUGAUCAUUGUAGGAACCCAUGCAGACAAACCAUUUGAAGACAUUGAAACAAUGAAAACAGAAAUCCAGAACGCAAUUGCUGGUAAAGACUAUGAAGGACAUGUGGUGCGGCCUAUCUUCAGCAUUGACAACACUGCAAAAUUAACUCAAAGAAAAAUCCAGAAAAAGGUUUUCGGGAAAGAUGAAAACAUUGAUGACAUCCAAGCUCUGCAAGUAAAAAUCAUGGAAGUGCUAAGACAGGAACCUUACAUUGGGGAGAGGAUACCUGUGAGGUAAAUUAUGGUGAUACAAGAACAGAAUCAAUUAAAGUAAAUAUUAAAAAUAGUUUCCAUGUCAAGGGUUGAACUAUGAACGCACUGAAAUUGCGGUUUAUAGGUAUGGCGUUUGUUUCCACCAGUCCUUGUAAGAUUUUUUCUUUGAUAUGUGAUGAAUUUCAGGUGUCAUCAGUAACUCAUCCACUGUGACCCUACAUAAAAGCGUGGCCGCAAAACAUCUUAAGGCUGCUUCAUUGUAGUUUUUUACUUUAGUUAAAAAAAAUUACAGCGAGAAGAGAAAAAUUCAGUGAUUCCUGUAUGAGCCACCUAGCGGUCAUAAGAAAUGAGAAUAUCUCGUUGAUUGAAACAAGUUAACCAUGAAAAGCAGUUUUGACUGGCGUUAAAGAAUAUUCUACCCUGAAGGGUUUGAUUAUCUUAUUUCGAAUUGGCCGAAAAGCAAUGUGUACAUUUCAUUGUUUUAAAAAGGUAAAAGUGAAGUGGAUCACACACCCGUUAAAUCUGUAGUAAACUGCAUAACUGCACAGGGAAACCAUUUCGAACAUGACCAAGUGUAUUAGUUAAGCUCAUAUAAUCUUAUAUUUAUCUUAUUUCAACUUUAAAAGACCAUCAAUAGGCCACUUGCACUAUGACAUCAUUUUACUACUACGACCAGAAUCCUUCAGGGUUUUGCUACCUUGUGUAAAUUAAGGCUUUUGUUAUUUAAACCUCACUGGGAUUACAAAAUUUAAAUAUGAAAGAAAGAACGAAAGGAUUCUGGCCGUAGUAGAAAAAUGACGCCAUCAUGCAAAUGACCUAAUACUAAUAAAAAUUCUCCACGGUUAAUCACAUGUCAGCAGUCAUGUUUUGGAACGUGUGCAUGCUUCUGUCCCCGGUUGUUCAAAUAAUGAAUCAAUAUCGCACAGAGAAGGCCCUGUACUUUACUCGGUACGGGUAUGCUGUGACAUGGUUACUUCAAUGCGCGCUAUCGAUUUUCUCUUUGCUUUUAUUGACUAGAUGGUUACACUUUGAGAAGAUGAUCAACGCUUUACUUUCCAAGCCCAAGCCAGAUUAUUACCUAAGUAUAACGAAACUACGGACCCUUGCCAAGGAGAAGUGCUUCAUCCAUGAUAAGAAAGAGUUUACCACCAUGGUGAAUUUCUAUCAUGACCUGGGGAUAAUUAUCAAGCACCGUAGCACAGUCAUCUUGAGUACCCAGUGGCUGAUAAACUUGUUCGGACAGCUGAUCACUAUUCCAGACUUUAAGAAAAUGGUAAGAAAUGGAUUUUAAACGUGUUUUAAAACUUGCAAGGCUUAUAAUGUUCCACAUUUUGGAGGACAUCACAGGUUUCCAACCGUGCUGUAGCUAAUAAAAAUAACUAUAUCAGGAGCAUUGCUCGCUAUCUUUUUGAAAAUGUUAACUGUUCCUCAAAUAUUUCUAAAGAGCAAAAUCGUAGUGGAUUGGGCUGCUAUUUAAUAUUUUCCCAGUGUUAAACAGUUAGGGUAGGCGAUGUAAUUCUGAAAUGAAAUCUUAUAACAAACCUAUAACAACUGAAUUAGUACUAAUGCCUGGUCAGCAGUCGUCCCUGUAAUCAACCCGCUAUAAUGACGUCACUAAGAGCAAACAAUACAAUGAAACAUUUUCACUGCGCUUUCUUAUUUGAACGUUGUAAUAUCCCAAGAGGAUUCUUGUUUCAAUUUCGAAGGACAUCAGGUGACGUCACGAGGUAACCGCUAACAAUAAGAGGAGCUUAUAACCAAUUUACCCGCAAUUUUCCCUUUAUCUAGGGUCAAUGAAAUUGGACAACCAAACAGAGUGAAAAUACAUAUUGUAUAUAGAAAGGAAACCUGACAUUUCUCCUCCUGAACUGAUACACGCGAGGAGCGAAUUGCGAAAAAAUUUAUAACACUGCUCAACCUGCACAAAAAAGAAGAAGUUUAGCUUGUACCAAGAAGUAUUGUCUCCUACGCUGUCUUCCUUUUGGCUCGUUACGCAACCCUCUCCAACUAGAUUACAAGUAGUCUCUUCCUCAGGGAUAGUGGAGCGAGCGAAUUACGCGAGCGCGCGUGAAAUUUGUCACCCUCGAGGAAGGUGACAAACGUUCCUGUGUUUUAAUCGCUCAAAUAUCCCAGAGGAACAUAAGGGGCCACUCGGAGUAUAGCCUCAGUAGUAUAUUAGGGAUAGAACCAGCCUUUUUUGCGGUGGAAUGUUCGCUGGAAUACAUAAACGCUGAUGAUGUCAUAACCUUUUGUCUUUAUCUCAUGAAUAAAAUGCGGUUGAAUCUCUUUAAAGGGUUGAAAAUAGCACACGGCCUUAUCUUAGGGCCAGUUUACAUCGAGGUGGAGGACCCUAGAUAGGUGAGGUAACCCGGUGCUGGUCACCCCAGCUAUCAUGUAAACGUGGUCAAAUUAAAAUGAGACAUUAUGUGGACAGACUGGUUACCCCACCUAAGCGGGCUACCUCACCUACCUGGGGUCCCUCACCUCCAUGUACACAGGCCCUAAGAUAAGGUCGUGUGCUAGUUUUAACCCUUUGGACAGGUUUUCCAGUUAUUUCUUGGUAGAUGAAGGUCUUGCUUUUUGACUGGUUGACGACUAUAUGUAAGAACUAGGAAAAGUAUUCAAUGGUUGAUUCAGGUUGUCGAAGGAAUAAGCGCUAACUCGCCUGUGACGUAGUUACGCAAGUUACAUUUCAUACCGCUUUCAUUGUUCAAUAAGUUGUUCCGGUUUACUAUGCGCGCAAAUCGUUAAUUUUUCAUGAAUACGAAGCCACACUAGCCCUUUCUACCACGAAAAACAUUUUUCCACUUUCCCACAUCCCUUUUUCCUUUUCCACAUUUCAUUGUUUCACAUUGUUUCUUUCCACCACGACAACCACGUUUCUAUUGCUUUCUCUCAGCGCGAGGUUAUGGUGAACGUUGUAAAGAAAAGAAAACUUAACUUCGUAAAUCUUCUAACGUUAUUGGAAAAAAUUGUGUACGAACCAAACGGAGGGCUGCUUAGAAGGCUAUCCUCUUUACUUUUAUUCACACAGUAGUACUUGUUAGGCAGACUACGUAACUUUUUCUUUAUAUGCGUCCCCACACAAAAACGGAAAACUCAAGAUCUUUUUCUUUGUUUCUGCAUUAAAAUAUUAAAUAAAAUAACCAACAAUUUACAAGUGCAUUAAUUAACUGGUUCAAAAUUCCCCCAAAAUAUCACUAUUUUAAGAAAGCUUUGUUAUUGUCCUUCACCUUAUUCCGUCUUAGGUUCCUAAGGUUGCCAAGCACUGGAAGGAAGUUAAAGAAAGCGGUGUUCUCUCCAUGGAACUGGUUGAUCUUGUGUUUUCCAACUUUCUCCUGAAGGGGGUUGCCAGGAAAGACAUUCUUGAUUUGAUGGAACGAUUUGAAUUGAUUGCAAAAUUUUCAUCUUCAAAGACAGGUGAAAAGUAUUUUGUUCCAUCUCAACUCAAAGCUUCGCCUGAUUCCCUUUGUUCCAUGGCGCCUACAAGGCUAGACCCAUGUCCUCUGUAUGUUUACUUUGUCAGCGGUUCUGUUCCCCAUGGUCUGUUCACACGGCUUGUUUCUCGAUGUGUCCGUUGGUGUUCUGAAGUUGGUCCAACUCAGCCCCCUACCCUGUACCAAAAUGGAGCGUGGUUUGUUAUUGGGAAGCAAAUUUUUCAUGAUUUUGUUCUUAUUUCUAAGAAGCAGUUUAUUAAGUUUUUUAUCAAGCAAAGAAACCAACCUCAGCAGAUCUCAGUAGAUGACACAAGUGAGGUGGCGGUGCAGGUUCGUGAGUUUGUGGAGGCAACUUUGCAAACUUUGUCACGUGAUCUCUAUAAAGGUGGAUUGCAGUAUCAUAUUCGGGUCGCCUGUCCGUAUUGUCAGCGGGAAAAGUGUUCAAGCCAUAAUCAGAUUGCAUGUUCUUAUGAAGAUUGUCUUCACCUCCUUGAGUUAAGACAAGGCUUUCCCCUGAUUUGCAAGGAGAAACCUGCAGAGGAGGUACUCACUGUUACGGGACAAGAACAGUGGUUCUCACAAAUAGAAAGUAAGGUAGGUAGUAGUGAAAUGCAAUCUCUAGCAGUGCUGUAGCCAUAUAUUUAAACUAAAGAGGCUUCAACAAAGUCCAUGGAUGUGCUUUGUUAAGGUUAUAGUAUGAGGUUUAACGUAUGCCUUUAUUUAUCCAACCACGAGCUCCACUAGAGUGUUAGAGAAGGCUUUGUUGCUAUCAACUUAGCAAACAUUGGUACUUCAAAUCAAGUAAGUUGAUAAGGUCAAUUGGCUGCCAUGUAUUAAUAAUUGUUAUUGGUCUGUAGGCAUAGCAGUUGGCAUAUAAGGUUUUCUCAAGGUCUUUGUAAAUGUGCUGUUUUGCUUUGCGGUUGAGCAAUAAGUUUGUAGCAUCUACCGUGUUGAUAAAAUGUUUUGCAAACCUUCAUUCAAAAAAAUACGGGGGCACCCAACGACAAUUUUCGGAAGAAUAUCUGUUCGGAGGAAGAUUUAAGAUCUAGAAUUUUCGAAACAUUUGUUGUAAAAUUUCUUGCUUGCCUGCCUCUCCUAGGAUUUUCGAACAUCUAAAAAAUGGUAUAAUUGCCUAUUUUUAACGGAUUUUUACCUUUAAAAGGUCACCUAGAAUUUUCGGGAGCCUUUUUUCUGGCUGAAAUUUUCGAAAAGGUAAGUUUUGAUCCCUAUAAUUUUCGGAUCACUAGACUUUCAGCUACGAAAUCCGAACAGAUGAAAAAUUUUGAGGGGAUAAAAAUAUGCCUAUAUCUACCGUUUAAACACUAAAAUAGGUUUCACAAGGCUAUGUUUAAGUGGUUUUGAACUAUAUUCUAGUUGGGUGCCCCUGAAAAUAGAAGCCCCCAGAUAUAAAAUUUCUGUUUUAAAGUAUCCAAUUUUGGUUCCCAAACAGGAAGCGUGUUCUCCAUCAUCAUCACCUGAUACUGCACAGGUUCGUCCAGAGCGUCUGGUACUGAAAGUUACCCUUCUAGCGAAUGAGUGGGGCUCGUCCAGGGGUGGCUUGUCAACAAUAAACAGGACUCUUGCCAUACAUUUGGCAAAAGACGAAAACGUAGAAGUGACCAUUCUUGUACCUGAAUUUGAGUGUGGAGAAAAAGACAAGAGAGUUGCCAAAAGUCACAACAUUUCAAUCAGGGAAGCAGGGCAUCUACCUGGCCUUAGUGAUCCUCUCGACUGGUUGAGCUAUCCACCAGAAGACCUUGACAUUCAGGUUGUGAUCGGCCAUGGAGCAAAGCUUGGUAGACAAGCACAGAUUAUCAGAAAGUCUCAUCGAUGCAAGUGGGUGCAGGUUGUUCACACUGAGCCUGAAGAGCUGGCGAUGCAUAAGAACUAUCCAAGCGCCAUUGCCAAGGGAGAAGGGAAGAACAGAGCUGAAGUUGACCUUUGUCAAAUUGCAGAUCUCGUUGUAGCCGUUGGACCCAAGUUAAAAGAAGCGAUCUCGUCCCAGUUGCGUUCAUCUCGUCGAGAAAUCUUUCAAUUAGUACCAGGUUCCUCUACAGAGUUUUCACAUGUUGAGCAUUCUGAACAAGAGAAUGUAAAUUUCAAAGUGUUAGCCUUCGGUCGCGGUGAUUUUGAAGACUUUAGUCUUAAAGGAUACGACAUUGCCGCUAAAUCCAUAGUUGAAUUGAAGGACAGCUCCUAUAGUCUUGUUUUCGUUGGUGCAUCUGAUGGAAGGCAGGAUGACGUCGCAGAAAUCUUACUCCAGACUGGCAUUUCAAAGAACCAGCUGAUUGUAAGAUCAUUUGUGAAAGACAAACAAAGAUUGAGAGAGUUGUUUUGUGAAGUCGAUCUGGCCAUCAUGCCAUCAAGAACCGAGGGGUUUGGUUUGACAGCAGUGGAAGCCAUGUCAGCUGGUCUUCCCAUUCUGGUUAGUGGAAACUCCGGAUUUGGAAAAGCACUGCGUGGUCUUCCAAUGGGUGAGUCAUUUGUGAUCGACUCUGAUGACCCCAAGGAAUGGGCAAAGGCAAUUGCAGCCAUCCGUCAAAAAUCAAGGACACAGCGGCUUGAGGAAAUCCAAAGACUGCGAAGAAGUUAUGAUGAAAGUUUUUGUUGGGAGGGACAGUGCCAGGCCCUUGUUGACAGGAUGUGGAAGAUGGUCUAUGGUAAGAAAUCAAAUUUACCGAUAGAAUUAAAGUAACGAUAAUAAUAAUAAUUAGUACCUGAUGAUUUUCAAAUGCGUAUCUUUUCAGUAUUAUCCUCCAUUUGGCCUUCAUGAUCUAUCGCUGUAUGUCCAUUGCUUCUGCAAUAGCGAUUUCAUAAAUACAUUUUUACUAUAUUAUGUUUCGUGGUUUAUGUGCAUCCCUGCAGAAAUAUUUUUGUUAACCUUUUAUCCUAAUGUUGGUAUUCACAUUCUCCACACUGUUCUUCAUACAUUUCUUGAGUUACUGAUGAGGAGAAUUUGUUUAACAAACAAGAUCGUUUUUACCGGCUGAUCAAUUCCAUUUUUUGAAACUUUCACGUAUAAUUUUAUAUCAUAUUAACGAUAAAUUAAAAUUUUAAAUCCAUAAGAUUGCGAUUCAUCAAAGUCAUCUGAUUUCUAUUCAUAUCCAGCAGCAAUGGUGGGUUGUCACUAAAAAUGAAGGUUGGAAUCGCUCAUUUUUUUAAGAGUGACAUGUUUUUCUGUAAGUCAUCAUUUUUGUUGUUAACUUUACAGGUCUUGAAAUAACCAAAGAAGAUGACGUUCUACAGAACGACUGUGAAAAAGAUGCUGCAACAGGACCGAUAGCAGGUAAUGUCAUUGUCAAUUAAACCAAAGACAACUUAUUUUUUGUAGUGGAGUGAGGUUAUUUCUUCUGUUGAACCAGGGUACUUUUGAUUUUUCGGGUGCUUUUAGUUUUUCAAUGCUUAGUGUAGCAUCUCCAAGUAAACUGACUUAAAAUAACUGUUUCCCUCUCCCGCUUACAGCCAAACCAUUUAAAUUUACUGCUAAUUAAUUUUAAACUUUUACAGGUGUUGAAAAAAACCGAGAAGAUGACGUUCUAAAGAAUGACUUUGAGAAAGAUGCUGCAACAGGACCGAUGACAGGUGAUGUCAAUAUUUGCUUUGCCAAUUAACCCAAAGCCAAAAUUUAUUUUUGCAGUAGAGUGACGUUAUUUUGUUCUUCUAAAACCAGAGUAAUGUUACUGAAAUUGUCGGCCGGUUUAAGCUUCAGACCAGUGCACCAUAUCCUAUUAAACUGGCGUGAAAUAACCUCUAUCUUAUUUUAUCUUUUCAUCGUCUGCAUACAGGCAAACCCAUUUUCCGUGCACUUCAACAAAUCCUGCUGGAAGCACGCACAGAGCCCAGCAAAACUGAGCUUUCGCAGACUUUAAAGAGGACUGCGUUGGAAAAAGGGUUUACGAUAUCUGACAAUCAAGGAGAGGGAAACUGCAUGUUUUUUGCACUUUCAGAGCAGCUUGACCUUAUCAAAGGAAUUCAAAUCUCCCAUGAUGAGUUACGCCGAACUGUUGUACAGCACCUUCGGGAAAACCCCAGGCUGGUAAGUAUCUUAUUACCUUAUUAUGGUGCACACAUUUGCAGUAUACGCGCAUAGCCGUGGCAUUUGCCCCCCUACAUUGUUUUGAUUCCUCUUAAAGUUAAAAGAAAUAAGGCCUUGUCCAUACGUAUCCGAAAUACGGGUCCACACGAAGCCUAUUUGAAUCUUUUUCGCCUGUCCACAUAAAAACGCUAAAAUGAUUGAAAUACGAUAGCAUCCAUUUACAAAGCAUGCGUAAUGUUGUUUUCUAAAACCUCUGUAUUCGUUCAUCCGCACGUCGUUUUUCAAUGUCACCAAUCCUGAGACCGAUCACGUGUGGGCGGAGGGCUAAAAUGGACAAAUAAAUCUCCGAUUUAAAAAAAAAAUGUAUCCGGAUACGUGUGGACGUGGCCCUUAAAUUCCUGCGAUUAUGUGACGGCUUUACGGGUAUGCUGCAAAUGAAUUCAUCCUUUAUGAGCAAAACAACAGCUAGCUCUGCACGAGCAUCACGCUUUGCUUCUUCGUCCACUCAAUCAAUUAAUCAAUCAAUCAAUCUUUAUUCCUCCUAAGAUAAAAAGACAUAUCUUAAGUUACAUCAGCAGUUGGAAGUCUAAAAAUACAUAAGACAUACUGUAUACAAAUAAUAGAAAGAUCAAAGAUUAUAUCUAAAAAUAAGUCUAUUUACAAAAACAUUCUUAAAUCUUUCAGUCUUUAUUUCCGGGCGAUGAGCACUUUUGUUUAAUACAUUGAUACGUUGUUUUUUUCUUCUUCGGAAUGAUGUUACUAAGCUGGCAAUCGGCAUCCACUGAACGUACCUUGAAAAGCUUCUUAUCUACAAGUCUUUCCUUUUAAAGCAUCUAUCCAAAACGUUUUGUAUGACCUUGAGAUCUGAGUGUACAGCGCCAUAAACAGGCAGACCAUAAGUGAAAUUCGGUAAAACUGAGGCGCUAAAUUGGUGGUCUACUUCACCUUGACUGAAACCUCGCUUCCGUAGAGAUCUAAAUGCAAACAGACACUUAUUUGCCUUAAUCAACUUAGCACGUACGUGUUCGCUAUAUUUACAAUUCUCCUGAAACGUAACGCCUAAAAUAGGCAGCUCCGUGCAUUGCGGAAUGUUAUUAACUUGCGCAAUAUCCUGAAUAAAACCUUUCUUGCGAAAAUAAUUUCUUGACAUUUCGACGGAUUACAAAUCAUACUAUUUUCCUUAGACCAAAUUAAAAACUGAUCCACCAAAUCCGUACGACAGUGGCCAUUACUCCAAAUGGGAACAAUGAGAGUAGAGUCGUCCGUGUAUUUAAACAGAGCUGGGUGAUUAUCUAUGCUGAUUUCCAGAUCAUUAAUAAAAAUACUAAAUAAGUACGCACCACUCACACUGCCCUGUGUAGUGCCCCUGUUGACACAUUGCCAUUGUCCUUGAAAACUGUUGUAAAUAAUGCACUGUUGACGAUUCUCAAGAAAGCUUAAAUACCAGCUGAUUAUGAAUGGAUUUAGAAGUACAUCCUUAAGCUUAUAAGACAAAAGUUCAUUAUUAACCCUGUCGAACGCUUUACUGAAAUCCAUGGCAAACAAACGCACGGUUUUACACUUAGGGUCAUCUAGAAACAAUAGACGGUGUGCUGCAUACUGAGGAGCGCGUCUACACAGCUCCCCCCCCCCGUCCGGUAGGGAAACUGAGUUGAGCUCAGAUGUUGCUGCACGACUACGACGCAAAACUUCCUUAUGUGACGUUUUGUGGAGGGCAUCGAACACUCGACGGUCAAUUAUUGUUUUUGGGCUUGGACACAGUGGGCUGAAAUCCAAGAAAAUUCGUCGACUUAUGUCAAACUCACAUUAUAUUGAUAGUAAACAUCCAUUCCCCCCUCUCUCUUACACGUGUAACGGACACCUCCCUAAAACUUACUAAACAUACUCCACCUCCCUAAAAGUGUUGGUCCCUGCUGUUCUUAACUGUUGUUUAUAUAUAUAUAUAUAUAAGAGGUUUGAACUUGAAAUCCGUAAAACAGUGCUCAAUACAUAAAGUAGAGCGAGUAUACGUAUGGUUGACGGAAGAAAACAAGUAACUACAUAAGUAUCCCUACCACAGAAACAAAGCCCUCUUGCGCAACAACUGAUGUAACGAACCUCGCACUGAAUAAAUUAUGUAAAUCAGUCUAGUAUAUAAGUAAUGGUAAAGUUAUUCUCAUUAAAAUCCCCUGAUGAGUGGGCAACCACGAAACAGGCUUGUAGGAAUACUUAUGUAGUUACUUGUUUUCUUCCGUCAACCAUACGUAUAUAUAUAUAUAUAUAUUUUUGAGGGGAGUAGUAUAGGUCACACAGGUUAGACACCUUUUUUGUAGUGGAAUCUUAUUACUGUGAAGUGGAAUAAAUUAACGUCGAUGACAUCUUUAUCUCAGCAAUAAAAUGCGGUCGAAUCUCAUCAACAUAACGUCACGAGCUAUUUUUAUGUAGUAUUUAGUAUAUUGAUUGAUUCUUAUUUUGAUGAUGUAACUUGUUGGGAUCAUGUCCUUUAUUUGUGAGAAUGAUUUCGUUGAUCAUUUUAAAUGAAUGAUUUUCCAGUAAUCGGAGGCUUAGUUAUGAGCACAGGAUUAUGGGAUCGCCAGGGGGGCAAACAUUGCAAGUCGCUGCAAAGAAAUGUAUGGCGUGGAAUUGUUUCUCCGUUAAAAAAAGCAAAGUCUUUGGACAUAGAAUGCCGCAUUUUGCCAUGAUUUUAUGAGAAGCGGACAAGACUAAUGUUUGUGCGUUGAAAUUAUAAGUUCUUGUGGGAUCGAUGCGAUGAAUUCUAUCGAUAAACACUCCUUCUUGCGAAAAGGUCGACUGUGAAAUUUACUGAAUGGUCUCGAAAUAUAUAGUACUAACUUAGGUAUAAAUGAGCGGGGAAUGCGGACUCAUUUAAGCCUUUCCAGUUGUAGUUACUUGUGCUGAUAUUUACAACGAGUGCAAUUACGCUCAGCUCGGGGCGAUCACAACGCUGUGCCGGUUUGUGACAAUGAUCAGGUACACAUAGAAUUUGAAAUGUACCAACUAUAAAAACAAAACCGUCUUCCCAAGUUGGUAUGUUUAUUUCUUCUCGCCGAAAAAACGCUAGCAAAAUGUUUUGUCAUGAUCCAGAGCAACAAUGAGUUCUAAUGCCUUUUCCAAUCAUUUUGUGGGAAGAUAAGGAAUCUCUGAAUUUCGCACAUCAAUUUAUUUGCAGUUAUACACUCACCGCUUUUGUAUCGGAAAUCUUACUCGUUUUUCGACACUCUCUCUUGCUAUUUCUGCCUCAUCUACUAAUGCUUUUAUACCAUGUACUUUCCAUGAAAUAUUUCGAAGAUGUUGCUUUGUUUAUACCAACGUAGAGGAGGAUUUUUUGUUUUUAUGGCCACGUACAUACCUUCGAUUGUUGUCUUGUCACAACCCGCACAGCGCCGCAUAGCGCUGAUCGCGGCCGAGCGUAGUUACACUCGAUGUAAAUAUCACCACACGGAAUUACAACUAAAAAGCUUAAAUGAGCCCCUUCAUUUAUACCAAAAUUUGCACUAUGUAUUUCGAGACCUUUCAUAUAGAUAACUGAAUUCAGUAACCAUAAAUUUCACUCUCAACCUCAAGCAAGGAGUGUUUAUCAAUAGAAUUUAUCGCAUUAAUCACACAGAAACUUGAAAUUUCAACGCACCAACAUUAGUCACCUCCCCUUCUCAUAAAAUCACGCCAUAUAUUUUCUCGCAAUGUUCGCCCCCUGGCGAUCCUAUGAUCCUGUGCGCAAAACAUGGGUCUCCGAUUACUGGAAAAUCAUUCAUUUUGUGUUUCAUGUCUUUAUUUGGUUAUGAAGACACCUGUGACUUAAAAUCACUGAACCAUGACGCCCUCAGUGUCCAUUGCAGGCCACUUAGGGUAUGUUCACAUUGUACCGUAUAGCUUUUUCGCCGGCACGAAAAUCAGUUCACACAUAAGAACGGUGAUUUCGGCGCGAUUUCUGUUAAACGGAGUAAAGCUGUGCCUCGCCGAUCUCUUAAGUGGAGAGUCACAUAUCGGAUAGAUGUCGUGUCUUCACCAAAGGUUAUCCGGUAUAGUGUGAACAUAGCCUUAUUGUUAUUAUUCCGGUUCACUGGUUUUUGGCGCGCAAAGGAGAUAAAGACGUCACCGACGUUAAUUUAUUCCACUUCAAAAAAGGGGUCUAAUGAGUGCCUCCUACACUACUAAAGUGGACAAAUCUUUUUUAGUGCUGAUACCAGCGGGGUCCACCUUAGAGAGAGUUCACGACAGCGCAGCUGCCUGAAUAUAUACCUUCUACAAACGCACUCUACCUUUUUCUCUAUUAACUAAAGUAUUUUCUUUUUCUCUUACAGCCGGAUGGGACAGAACUGUUUCAUUUUGUUGAUGGAUAUCCAUCUUGGGAUGCCUACCUCCGAAGCAUGAUGGAAGAUGGUACAUGGGGUGAUCACGUGAUUCUACACGGCGCGGCAAACUGUUUUCAAACUUGCAUCCACGUGAUCAGCAGUCUUCCGCAUCGCCAUGACGUAAUGGUCUGCCCAGAGUUUGAUGUUACUGGUAGCAACCGGCUUGUGCUGGGUCACGUGCACGAGCUUCAUUAUGUUAGCCUUAUUCCACAGAAAGGAGGUAAAGAUGUCUGA